AACAAAUCUGUGCCAACAAAUGUAUCGCAAUCGCAACUAACGAAGCGUCGUACUGUAAUUUAAAGUAAACGAGCACGUUCCAUGAAAAUGUUUGCAGGUUCAUAAAGGUGUUGGUGUUGCAAGCAAUGCGAAAAGUAUAGAAAUGUGAUAACUACAUGUGCAAGGUCAAACAAGUUUUUAAUUAUGUUUACUUUCGUUGGUGUACGUUUCUAUAAGUAAUGAUAGUGUUAUCUUAAAAAUUGGAAAAGAGCAAAAAGCUGAUAACCCACUCCUUUGAAAGUGCACUUGUUGCCGCGACUUAAAAAUGUUUCGCUUCCAUCUGCAAAAUUUAGUGAAAAGACCUUGUCGUCUAUUUUCAGUUGAAGCAUUUCAAAACAAGGGAAAUAUUAAGGUCAGUGAUCAGGUAGAAAGUCCACUCACAGACUUGUUUGGAAGACAUCAUUCGUACUUGAGGAUAUCUCUGACAGAAAGAUGUAACUUAAGGUGCCAAUAUUGCAUGCCUGAGGAAGGGGUGAAAUUAUCACCACAUGACAAAAUACUGACGACCGAUGAAAUCAUUCAUCUGGCUCAGUUAUUUGUUAAUGAAGGAGUCACAAAAAUUAGAUUAACAGGAGGUGAACCAACUGUAAGGAGAGAUCUAGUUUCAAUAAUAGAAAAAUUAAAACAGAUCAAAGGCCUCGAAACUGUAGCAAUGACCACAAACGGCCUCACUUUAACCCGCCAGUUAGUAGAUUUACAAAGAGCAGGUUUAGACAUACUUAAUAUUAGUUUAGAUACAUUAAAGUCUGAUAAAUAUGAAUUUAUUACUCGACGUAAGGGGUGGGGGCGUGCUGUGAUGGGUAUUGAUUUAGCACUGCAACUGGGCUACAACCCAGUUAAAGUGAACUGUGUAGUCAUGAAAGGCUUCAAUGAAGAAGAAAUUGUUGACUUUGUUAAGUUUACAAAAGACAGAAACGUAGAUGUACGUUUUAUUGAAUACAUGCCUUUCACUGGUAACAAGUGGGAUUUCAAUAAAUUAUUGUCUUACAAAGAAAUGGUUGAGAAGAUUAAACAAGAAUUUCCUGAUUUUUAUCCUUUAGACAAUGGCCCAAAUGACACAUCGAAAGCCUGGAAAGUUCCGACAUAUCAGGGACAAGUGGGUUUCAUCACUUCAAUGAGUGAACAUUUUUGUGGAUCGUGCAAUAGAUUGAGAAUAACAGCUGACGGUAAUUUAAAAGUUUGCUUGUUUGGAAAUACAGAAAUUUCAUUAAGGGAUGCGCUAAGAAGCGGGUGCAGCGAAGACGAUUUAGUGGCGUUAAUUAAUGCCGCAGUCAAGAGGAAAAAGAAACAGCAUGCAGCUCCUCAUCACUAUCGUCACUCCACCAACACUUCACCAAUGCCCAUCAAAAUCUCCUCAUUUCCAUUCUUCUUCAAACCAAUAUCGAGUCCCGUAGCCCUCAGAGCAUACUCUACUGGCACCUCCUCCGAAAAAUUAAGUCACCUCAACGAAGAAGGUCGAGCCAUUAUGGUCGACGUCACUGACAAACACAUCACCAUCAGAACCGCAGUCGCUCGGGGGGUUGUCCGCAUCAAUUACCAAACAAGCGAACUAAUUAAACAAGUCCUCGCCAAAAAAGGAGACGUUCUGUCUGUAGCCCAGUUAGCUGGUAUUAUGGGUGCCAAAAAAACAUCUGAACUCAUUCCUUUGUGCCAUAAUCUUCCUUUAACUAAAGUAGGGGUGGACCUGGCGCUAAACUACGAACAAAAACAAAUCGAGCUCCAAGCAACAGUUCGGUGCGAAGGGAGAACUGGCGUCGAAAUGGAGGCGCUAACUGCUGUCAGUGUUGCCGCGCUGACCGUUUAUGAUAUGUGUAAAGCGGUUAGUAGCGAUAUUGUGAUUAGCGAUAUUUCGCUAGUUAGUAAGACUGGGGGUAAAACUGAUCCGAAGCGAACGAUUGUUUUAAGAGAGAUGGACAAGGAUCCUUUGGAUUCAACGGAAAUUCGAGUCGGUAUUAUUUGAAUCUGAUUUUAUAUGUUUAUUAUUGAACAAUUGUUACAUGUUAAAUAAAUACAUUUUCUAUUUAA